UGUUGUCUAAGUGCCCCAUAUGACUUUAUGAUAUAUUUAUUGGGACCCUAUUUGGUCGUAUGGAAGUCGGCAAUUGCAUAAACGAACAAAUACCAAAACUACAAAUUUACUACCAAAUCUAGUAUAGUAAUAUCUCAUUGUCUUAUUCAUUGAUUUGGUAUUGAUUUAUGGAGUCUUUGAUUUGAUGAUAUUAAACUCCCCAAUAAGUCCAUAACACCAUUAACAUCAAAAGACACUUGAAGUGCACUCCCCAAACAUCAAUUUCAUAAAAAAUUGGCCAAGAUAGUGAUAAUAAUGGAUUAGGGUUCUAGUUUUACGAAUAAAUCUUGGGCUUUGACUUUGGGAUUAAAUUUAAGUUAUUGGGCUCAAGAUCCAGACAGCAAAAAUUCAAGUUGUAGCCUUUGUAGGUCCGGGAAUGAAUGAAUCGAUCGGAGAACAGAGAAGCUGCUCAAACGACAUCGUACGCCUUGUGUCUCUCUCACCAAGCGAAGAAGCUCCGGCAUCUCAUUCCGGCCACCGUUUCCUUGUUUCUCCGUUUAUCCGCUCCUGCGAUUGGCUCUCUUGUAUAACAACAGAGUACAGAGAAUCACAAUGCUACGUAAACCAGUCAUUCUUCACCAAUUCAGUGGGAAUAGACUCCGGAAUAAAGCAUUCCAUUCCAGGUGACUUUCACAAACGGGCUUCAAUUCCCACCCACAGCUUUUCAAGCUUUGCCUCUGGCUUCACUCCAUUGAAGCACAAGCCAUUGGAAUCCCUCAUUGAUAUUGAAAGAGCAAAGCUUCAAACUCCAGAAGAUCUAGCUUCGAUUUGGGAUGAUUUUCACAUUGGAAGAGGUCAUAUUGGUGCAUCAAUGAAGACAAAGCUGUAUAAAUUGCUUGAACACAGAGCUGCUGAUUGCCGAUAUUUUGUGAUUCCAGUGUGGAAAGGAAGCGGUUAUACAACCAUGUUUAUGCAAGUGGAAAUGCCACAUAUUCUUUUUACUGGACUUGAGGAUUACAAAGCAAGAGGGACUCAAGCUUCUCCUUAUUUGACUGUUUCUCAUUACAAAGAGUUUUGUGAAACAAAGGAUUUAGUUCUUAUUAGAGGUGAUGUUGUCUUUACAAGCAAAUUAACCGAUUCAGAGGCGAAAUGGCUUUUGGAAACUGCACAAUCUUUUUAUUUGAAUGACAUGAGGUACAAAUUGGUUGAACGAUUUAACAAAAACACAAGUGAGUUUGAGUUUAAAGAUGUUUUACGAGCUCUAGACAUGCCUAUGAUGUAAUUUGUUUUGAAUUGUUAUGUUAUUUUAUAGGAAUGAUAAUAAUGUGAUGUUUGUUUUUUUUGACUUGAAAGAAGUUUCAUUUUCGUAUUCAAAGUUUCGAUAUAAGUGAUCUGUUUAAUUAAA